GCAUGAUGGGCUCAGAUGGCGGGCCGCAGGGCCCCUCUUCCCCGGCUGUGGGCCUUUCUCUCCUCCAUCCCACCCCCGACGUUGGUUCGCGCCCCGGAUGCCCAGGAACGGACUUUGCGCGGACGUUCGCCCCGGGCGCAGACCUCGCGCGUCCCCGCCGGAGGUCGGUCGUCGUCUGCGCUGUGGGCGUCGUCGCGAUCCCGAACCAUGGCGCUCGCCGUCCGAGUCGUUUAUUGUGGCGCUUGAGGCUACAAGCCCAAGUAUCUUGCCCUUAAGAAGAAGCUGGAAGAUGAGUUCCCCGGACGCCUGGACAUCUGCGGCGAGGGGACCCCCCAAGUCACCGGCUUCUUUGAAGUGAUGGUGGCAGGGAAGUUGGUUCACUCCAAGAAGGGAGGCGAUGGCUACGUGGACACGGAGGUCAAGUUCCUGAAGCUGGUGGCCGCCAUCAAGGCUGCCUUGGCUCAGGGCUGACGUGCCCGGAAGGCAGAGUCCAGCGGCCUUGGCCCGGCCCCCUCGGCACCUGCUUCAUGACAGGAAGGGCUGAAAUGUCCCCAGGACGCCUGGUCCUUCCCUGAGGUUCUCACGGACGCCGAGCGGGGCAGAGAUCGACGCCCCUGGGCUUUGCCUGUGUGUGUGUGUGUGUGUGUGUGUGUGCGCGCGCGCGCCUGUCCCCGGGAGUCUGGCUUUGCACACUGGUCCUGCUCCUUCCUCUCCCCGACCCUUCCCCGUCCCCUGCCUCCCCUGGGUGUCCCUGUCCUCCGUCUGGUGUGUGGGAUGGUCCCGCUCCAGGCCCCCUUCUCAAGGGGGAGCUGAGAGAGGGACCCGGAUGAGUGGGUCUCAGAAUUCAGAACGUUUGCAACGGUUUGUGAUUCAGUAAACAUCAGGUGACUUGAACAAAA